AUGGCCAUUGGCCAAGCCGUCGCAGGCCCUUUCAAGCACUCCCACUUCCAUGCAAAGAAGGAAGCCGAUCCUCUUAACCUUGAAUCAACCGUUGUGAAGAGAAGCGGUGCUCUAACCGAGGGGCACUCAGUCAAGCUGCUCUCGGAAAUGGCCUUCAGUGCUCUCGGCAAGAAUUCUGAGCUCCCGGCCGAUGGUGUCUGGCUCGGCGACAACGGUCCUUACACCAAUGAAUUCUGGAACGAGUCCGGCGAGGACCUUAUCCUCGUCAUCUGGGGACCUGAGGCCUCCUGGGUUAACGUCAAGCAACCCCUUAUCACCGCCUCCAUCGCCAACGGCUCGAGCACCACCGUCAGCUUCGCCUCCGGCCAAUCAGGCGCCUGGUCUGCCAUCUACGACGACACUGCUAUGUUGAACGGCCAAAUCUCUAACACGUGGGGCGAGUACACCUUCAGCCCCAGCGGCGUUGUGGAUGUCAGCAGACUGCCCAACAUGAAGGGCAACGCGAUGACCAUUGUUGGUCCUACCUGUGUCAGUGAUAUGACACGGUGUGUCUUCGAAUGCCCUGAGGGUGAGGAUAUCUGCAUGUACAACUACAAGCUCGUCAACUGCGCACCUGAGUCGCAGGUUGGUGCUCAGUUUGGCUAUGAUUAUGGUGCUGCCAGUGGUGGAUGCGGUAACCUUGGCGACAGUGCCCAGCUCAGCACUUACCUGUCGUAA